AUGGUCGACUUAGAGGUAGAUUGGAUUGAUGUGGAGAGUGGUGGUUCCGCUGAGACAAGCGUUGGAGUCGUACGAUACCGCAGCAUUACCAAUGUUGCAAACACAUCUACCUCAGUAUAUAAAGAGCAUAGACUAGUUGAGUCUUUUUGUCUCACCGAAGCGUAUGUUGUGGUCUCUUACGAUGCUAUACCACUAACCUCCGCUUCGAUUACAGUAUCGGUUCUGACUCAGCAGCGCUCAAGCAAGUACCAGUUGACCAAGCCAAAACGUGUGCACUACGGGGUUUCCACCUCAGAACCUAAGCAGUGGGUCGGGACACCCCAAGACUCUUACUUUCGCACGACAUCAGACUCCGAAGUAACUUUUCAGGCUAGUUUCGACAUGCACAUGUGUGAGACUGAUGUACUCGGCCUAUCUUUUGUACUCCAACUUGAGGACGAGACGUGGGUGAAGAAUCGUUUCGGAGAAGACUUUUACGUUGGUGGCGGAAAAAGAAAGAUUCCCUGUGCGAUAGAGAUUCCAUUCACAGCCCCUUCAAACAUAAAACAUGUUAAAGGGCAAAUGCUUACGUUGCAUCGAACCAACCCGUUCUGGUUGCAGCCCUCUUUUGCAGAGAACGCCUUGCACCAUUGUGAACAAGAAACUCAAUUCGUUCUACUCCCUUCUUCGAAGCUUUCAAGACGAAAGCACUGGCACGAAACUGGAAGCGACUACCUUGUUCUAUUGCCUCUUGUAGACAAUGUAAACGGAAUUCGGGCAAGCCUUUUCGGCAUCUCAAGAUCAAAUUACUCUGGUAUCAGAUUAGAGACAGGCCGCUGUACUCCACUGGAACUGGCAGACAUUGCGGGGAUCAAAGUUUGUGUAGCUGUUUCUUCGGGGUCUCCAUACCACGCAGUUCGGUAUGCCGUGAAGUUUAGCGCUGGUAUCUUGCCUUCAUUCUCAUCGCGCUUAGACAAAGUAGCAUCGCAUAAGUGGGACCAUUUCAUCAAUUCGCCUAAAAAAGGUGUUCUCACUUCUUUAGGUUAUUGCACAUGGGACGGGUACAGUCAUAUGGUGUGCGAAGCCGGGAUCAUGACUGCUCUUCAGUGGCUGGCGGAGGAAGGCAUUUCUCCAGGAUAUACGAUAGUCGAUGACGGGUGGCAAGCGGGAGGUGGUGCCGGACCAAACUUUGAAUAUUCUCCAGAAUCAGGAGUGAACACAGGACGUCCAACCUUGUCUUCAUUUCAUGCGAAUGACAAGUUUGCAAAUUCUUUGCGAAGCAUAUCGUCAAAGUCGUCCGCAGAAAUCCUAGCAUGGGUUGCAAUCAUUGGGUAUUGGGGAGGAACAAGUGGCUUUCAUUGUGACGUGAAAACCCAGUAUGUGGCGGGAGCACUUGCCUCAGGUCUUCACUUAAAUAACGUAGAAGAUUCAGCUUUCUGGGAAAAGAGCUACGAGAUUGUGCAUCCAGGCAUGGAAUUCGUCGCAAGGUACUUCGAGAAAUAUUUUGUUCAAAGUCUGGCAGAGUCCCAAGGCGUCUCGGGCGUGAAAAUAGAUGCGCAAAGUAUUCUAGAAAUUCUUUGCAAUCCUAUACCCCAUUCAAAAGAGAAUAAAACGACAAGGAUAUCUGUGACGGCUUCGUAUCGAGCUGCUUUGACGAAGGCAGUUGAAAGAGCCUUUCCAUCUAGUGUUGUACUUAACAGCAUGGCCUGUGGUCCGGAAACUGUUUAUUGCUCUGGGAAAGAGCUAAGCGAAUGUAACAUAUGCUGGCGGACUUCCAAUGAUCAUGCCUUUCCUGGGGUUGAAGAAAGCGCUGAAUCCGUGAGUUGGCACAUUCUCUGCAACGCCAUGACGAGCGUGUUUCUUGGUGAAAUUUUUCCGGUGGUAGACUGGGAUAUGUUCCGAGUGUCGGACAGAUUUGCACGCCUACAUGCUGUUGCUCGGAUUAGUUCAGGAGGCCCACUUUAUUUCAGCGAUGCCAUUCCAUUCCAAACUGACUUCGCACGCAUGGCAAAAGCUCUUUUGAAAAGCUUGACUACGCAUGAAGGACAUCUGCUUCGAUGUCAAGACCCCGGUAGACCGACAUUGGACUGCCUUUUUGUAGACCCGAGGUCUUCCCCAACAAGAUUGUUCAAGGUGUUUAAUCGAAACUCUGUUUUGGGAUUGAUAUGUGUAUUCAAUUUGAAUCCAAGUGAAGGUUCACCCGACGUUCUUGGCUCCUUUCAGCCUUCGGAUUUGCCCGAUUUCACAGCGCUGACAACAUCUUGUCGCUAUCUAUCCCUAAUCGAAGGGUCUUCUGCUGCACUGUUUUUGCACGAGAAUGUGCGUCACGGUUGCGAACUGAGGCUACCGGCCAUGUGCGGUGCUCUGGUCCAUAUUUGCCCUGUCUUUGAAGUCUCUAGCAGUGUCGAGUUUGCCUGCCUUGGUCAGCCCCACUUGCUCAACGCCGGUGCCGCUCUUCAGUCUAUAUCAAUCAGUAAAUUGAUUACUGACUACAAACCGAAACAAGCAGGGACAAACCUACAAGACUGUGAGAAUAUUGUUGUGGAAUUGUCUUUCUAUGACUAUGGGACCACAUAUGUCUGGCUCGGAGAACAGUCCCAUCGAUUUCUACUAUCUGUUGCAUCACUGAGUGGAAAAGAGGCUCAUUGGGAAACAAUUUAUAUCGGUGAAGUCAAAUUGCUUGCAGUUCAAGUGCCUCCUCUGGCUCCGUGGGGGAUUUGCAUGCGAUUUGAGAAUGAAGAUGGAUAA